UUGACAUUAAUUGGAGGGAGCAAAAGCUUCUGGUUUCUUCAUCUUAACUUUAUGAUAGAUGUCCAAAUGAAGUCCUUCAAUCAAUGUCCCUAAAAGUUUCGUUGGGACCAAUCACGUUGUGAUCGAAGAGCUGCUUGAAUGGACUUUGAUAUUGCAGCACAUUAGUUGUUUAUGGAAUUUUGGUAAGCUCACCAAUCACAUUCCCAUAUUGAAUUGGAUCAAAGUAUAACAAAAGACUAUCAGCAAGUUCCUCCCAAGUAAAUAUUCCGUGGCUUGAUUCAAGCUAAUCGCCACCAGAUGGCAUCAUCUUCAAAAUUGAUGGAAGCAAUCUCAACUUUUCAUUGAGUCGGAUUUUAGUGAAAGCCAAAAAAAAAAAGAAAAAGAAAAAUUCUUGGCUGGCAAAAUCCAUCAAUUCAAGUCAUUGCCGACACUACCUUCAUUAAGGAUAAUAUUGAUCUCCAUAAACACAUCACAUUGCUUAUUAUGGUUAACUGGACAAUAAUCACGACCAUUGCAACCAUCAUAAUGAUUUCUAUCAUGACCUCCUCUAAGACCAUGAUGGCUACUAGUUCCAAAACAUUAUCUAAAAUCAUGCUAAAUGUUGCAACUUGUUGAGAACAUAUUUGGAAGUAACUCCAUCUCCACAAUUUGUUGAUGAGUUUGAACUGCUUCAUGUUUUGAAUUGGCUAUUUUGUUGAGACAGAUAUCCCAAAAUCAUAGCAUAAGACUUGAGAUGAGUGAUGUUGAACUUCUCUUUUUGAUUGUCCAUCUAGACCAUGCAAAAAAAUCGACGCCUUAGUAGUAAGAUGAUAGGAACUUAGUUCCUCUCAAUGCUAUUUAAUUUCAGAAAAAAAAACAGAGAAUUUAUUUUUUUUAAAAAAAGUAGGAGAAGGACUAUUCAACCAAUUUGAAGGAUUGAAACCUUUGAAGUCAACAUAUAAAUUUUACCUAUAAUUACAUUUUUAUAGUUUAAAAUAAAAAAAAUCCUACGCAUAUGAGACCAAGAAAGUUUCUAGGAAGAGAAGUUGCGGGACAGCUUGGGUGGUGGAGCCUCUAGAGUCAUCAGUGGCUGGGGCAGAAAGGGAAAAAAAGGAAAGCGGGAAAAAUGCACUAAGAAUGGUGAGGAGGGGAGCCAAGAGUCGUUGGCAGCUUCUGAUUUCUGGUGAUCUGCUCUGUAAACCCUAAUUUGAUCUGGUUCGCAGAAAGCUCCAUUGAUCGAGCAGCCAAAAAAUGCAGUUUUCCCUUGGAAUCAGGAGUAAUUCUGUUGGAGGUUUUUAGUUAUGGACAUAAUAUCUCAGCUACAAGAACAAGUCAAUACAAUUGCUCUUCUUGCUUUGAAUACGUUUGGAACACUGCAAAGAGAUGCCCCACCAGUCCGACUUUCGCCAAAUUAUCCUGAACCAACCAGUAAGCCCUCCGAGGAGACAAUCAACAUUGCAGAGCAUCCCAAGGCAAUGAGUGCAGCUCUAGUUGAUGCUGCAAAAAAGUUCGAUGCACUUGUUUCUGCCUUGCCGUUGUCGGGAGAAGAAGCUCAGUUGAAAAAAAUUGCAGAACUCCAGGCAGAGAAUGAAGCUGUAGGUCUGGAACUUGAAAAACAACUCAAGGCUGCGGAACAGGAAUUGAAGCAAGUUCAGGCGUUGUUUCAUCAGGCUGCAGACAACUGUUUGAACUUGAAGAAACCAGACUGAUCAUCCUGAAAGUGGUAAUAGUUGACUUCUUGGGACAGUCUUGGACAGCAGCAUUUGGUUUCUUAUAUUUUCAAUGCACAUGCUUGUUUCUGUUAUUAUGAAGAUGGUUUUAUUCUAUAUGCUAACACAUGAUUUUCUUUGGGAACAACUUUGACAUGGUUGAGCA